GCCCAACCAAGUCUUCUCUUCAUUCAACCAUCUCGAAGGAGUGCUUUAUUGCAAACACCUUCUCUCCCACUCUCCACUCUUGUUAGUUGUUUUAUCUCGGUUUCCUGGUAUCGAGACCUUCGUUCCGGCUGCUUUUUUUCCGCUGCAAAACCGCGCAUCCCCUGCGCCUGCGCUUUUAAUCGCGCCUUGAUCCUAAAGACUUUUCUUGGAUAUGCCCCAUUUCGAAGAGCCCAGCAUGAACAACACCGCCGUCACUUCAAAGUCGGCGCCACCGGCCCCAGAGGACAUCUCUGCCAUCACAAAAAACAUUUACGAAUCAAAGACGUCUCAAGAGUCGCUCGACGCUGCCUACAGCCUCUGCGAUGUUCUCCUCAACUCGGUCGGCUUCCGUGGUCUCAACGACUACACCAUCCUGCAAGAAGUCAAGAAGGCCGCCACAGACAAGAAGAACAUCGGCCGUCGUGAAGGCGCCAUGUUCGCACUCGGCGCCAUCUUCGAAAGAUUCCCCAGCAAGCAACGCUUGAGCGAGGUCGUCUUCCUUCUGCAACACGAUUACCUUUUGCCCAUGGCUCUUGACGCCGUCGCCGACAAGACUCCCUCUGUUCGUGACGGAGCCAAGUACGCCAUCGACGCUCUCUACAAGGAGCUCGGUGCCGAGGCCAAGGUCUACGGUUUCUUGCCCCUCCUGAUCUCGUACCUCCGCAAGGGUACUGCCAAGUGGCAGAGCGCCGUUGUCGCAUUCGAGCUGGUCGGUCGCAUGGCCGACGACGCAAAGAUGGGCAUGGAAAGUCUUGAGGCUGAGCAGGCCAAGGACGUUCUGCGCGAGGCCAUGGGCCGCAAGCUCCAGGAUCUGAUUCCCAUCGUCGAGGGCGGCAUGCACGACCUCAAGGCCGAGGUCGGAAAGGCAGCCAUCAAGACCAUGAACUCCCUGACCACCCUCCUCCAGAACGACGAUGUUCAGCCUCGUCUUCCCCUCCUGAUCAAGGCCAUGGAGGACCCCUCCACUUCCAGUCUGCAAAAGGCCAUCCACGCCCUGUCGCAAACCACCUUUGUCGCCAUUGUCACCUCCCCCGUCCUCGCUGUCCUCACUCCUCUUCUCGAGCGCUCCCUCAACAGCCCCAGCACCUCGCAAGAGGUCACUCGUCAAACUGUCGUCGUCGUCGAGAACUUGACAAAGCUUGUCCACGACCCCGUCGAGGCCAGAUCUUUCCUCCCCAAGCUUCUCCCCGGUACCAAGGCCGUUCGCGACAGAGCCUCUCUCCCCGAGGUUCGUGAGAUUGGUCAGAGAGCUCUCGACGUCAUCGAGAAGGCCAUGGGCCAACAAACCAGCGGCGACCACUCCGAGUCUGACCGCACCGUCCCCGAGGACGUUGCAAAGGUCUUGGAGAAGGAGACCAAGGCCAACGGUGGUCUUCUCCAGAUGACUGGCGAUGCCAACAUCUGGGCCCUGGCCAAGCCUUACCUCUCGAACAUGGUCGCCGAGGAUGCCACUGACCGCAAGCUCGACCGCAUCAACGCCAACAUUGCUCCUUACAUGGCUCCCCUUAUGGAGGAGGGCAAGGCUGAUGCUGUUGCCGAGGCCGUUCACAAGUUCUACGUCUCCGAGGACGAGCGCAAGUUCGGUGCUCCCCCACCUCUUGCCGACGGCGAGGUCGAGAUUGUCAACGCUACCUUCUCUCUUGGAUACGGUGGUAUGCUUCUGCUUUCGCACACCAACCUCCGCCUGCUCAAGGGUCACCGCUAUGGUCUCUGCGGCAGAAACGGUGCCGGAAAGUCCACUCUCAUGCGCGCUAUCGCCAACGGCAAGCUCGAGGGUUUCCCUUCCCAAGAUGAGGUUCGCACCUGUUUCGUUGAGCACAACCAGGGCGAGGAUGCUGAUCUUACCAUCCUUGACUACUGCUUGAAGGAUCCUGAUCUUCAGGCCGAAGGCAAGGACAGAAUCGUCGCCGUUCUCGAGGAGGUCGGUUUCGCCUCUGGCCCUGAGGGACGCCAGUCUGAGAAGGUUGGCUCUCUUUCCGGUGGAUGGAAGAUGAAGCUCGCUUUGGCCAGAGCCAUGUUGAUGCGCGCCGAUGUCUUCCUUCUCGACGAACCUACCAACCAUCUCGAUGUUGCCAACGUCAGAUGGCUCCAGGAGUACCUCAAGACCCACACCGACAUUACCUCCCUGAUUGUUUCUCACGAUUCCGGUUUCCUCGACGAGGUCUGCACCGACAUUAUCCACUACGAACAGAAGAAGCUUGUCAACUACAAGGGUAACCUUGCUGCUUUCGUCAAGGCUAAGCCCGAAGCUGGUGCAUACUACACCCUCUCUGCUUCCCAGGUUCAGUUCAAGUUCCCCCCUCCCGGUAUCUUGACCGGUGUCAAGUCCAACACCAGAAGCAUUCUCCGUAUGACCGACUGCAACUUUACCUACCCCGGAGGCUCCAAGCCUUCGCUCCAGGGUGUCAGCUGUCAGCUGUCGCUUUCCUCCAGAGUUGCAAUCAUCGGUGCCAACGGUGCCGGUAAGUCUACUCUGAUCAAGCUGCUCACUGGUGAAACUAUUCCCCAGACCGGCAAGGUCGAGAAGCACCCCAACUUGCGUAUUGGUUACAUCAAGCAGCACGCUCUUGAGCACGUUGAGAUGCACUUGGAGAAGACACCCAACCAGUACCUCCAGUGGCGUUACGCUAACGGCGACGAUCGCGAGGUCCUGAUGAAGGGAACUCGUGUCCUGACCGACGAGGACAAGGCCCAGAUGGAGAAGUUCGUCGAUCUUGGCCCUGGUAUGGGUCAGCGCAAGAUUGAGGCCAUCAUCGGUAGACAGAAGUGGAAGAAGUCCUUCCAGUACGAGAUCAAGUGGGUCGGCAUGCUGCCCAAGAACAACACCAUGAUUUCUCGCGAGACUCUCAUGGAGCUCGGCUUCCAGAAGCUUGUUCAGGAGUUUGAUGACCACGAGGCCAGCAGAGAAGGUCUUGGUUUCCGUUCGCUCGAGCCCAAGGUCAUCUCCAAGCACUUUGAGGAUGUCGGUCUUGACCCCGAAAUUGCCAACCACAACGAGAUCAGCGGUCUGUCCGGUGGUCAAAAGGUCAAGGUCGUCCUUGCCGGUGCCAUGUGGAACAACCCCCAUUUGCUCGUUCUUGAUGAGCCUACCAACUUCUUGGACAGAGACUCACUCGGUGGUCUUGCUGUUGCCAUUCGUGACUACAAGGGUGGUGUCGUCAUGAUUUCUCACAACGAGGAGUUCGUCGGCGCUCUCUGCCCCGAGCAGUGGCACGUCGCUGACGGUCGUCUGACCCAGAAGGGUACCGUCGCCGUUUCAAUGGACCGCUUCGAGGAUUCUUCCAAGCCUGGCUCAUCUGUUGCCAGCUCGGUCGUUAGCUCCGCUGUGCCUUCCACCGUUGGCACUCCUACUCAGAGUGAUGCCGAGGGUGGUGGUGAUAUGGCUUUCAGAGCCCGCAAGAAGAAGAAGAUGACUAAGAAGGAGCAGAAGGAGAGAGAGGUCCGCAGAAGACUGCGUCACAUCGAGUGGCUCAACAGUCCCAAGGGCACCCCUCACCCUCCUGACAGUGACGCCGACGAGUAGAGAGGUCAUGUUUGUGAUUGCUGGUAAUGAAUUCAUACCCAGGUGUUCAGCUUCACAUUUGCAAAAGUAGGGUGAAUGGCGUUUUCUAAUUCUUCUUACUUUCUCUGCUUUUUGCAAUACAUUAGAUUGGGCAGGCGUUUUCUUUUUCAUCCUUGUUUUAGGUCAUUAUAUCCAGAGUUGCUUCAGUUAGAGCAGUAGAAUGGCAUUGUUACCUCGUCC